CUCCCAGCAGAAGACGCAGCCAUGAAUCCGUUAUUCGGGCCCAACCUCUUCCUCCUCCAGCAGGAGCAGCAGGGCCUGGGCGGGCCGCUGGGGGACCCCCGGGGGAGCGACCACUGCUCUGGAGGAGGGGACCUGCCCGCCGCGCCGCUCACUCCCACCGCCGGCCCCGCGGCCUUCUCACCGCCAGGCCCGGGCCCGGCGCCCCCCGCAGCCAUGGCGCUCCGCAACGACCUGGGCUCCAACAUCAACGUGCUCAAGACCCUGAACCUCCGCUUCCGCUGCUUCCUGGCCAAGGUGCACGAGCUGGAGCGCCGGAACCGGCUGCUGGAGAAGCAGCUGCAGCAGGCGCUGGAGGAGGGUAAGCAGGGCCGGCGGGGCCUGGCUCGCCGCGACCAGGCCGUGCAGACCGGCUUCGUCAGCCCCAUCCGGCCCCUGGGACUGCCCCUGAGCGCGCGGCCCGCCGCCGUCUGCUCCCCGGCGGCACGGGUGCUGGGCUCGCCCGCGCGCUCGCCCGCCGGCCCCCCGGCGCCCCCGGCGGCGCCCGCCACCUCCGCCUCGGCCGCCUACUCGUCGUCUGCCCGCUUCAUGCCCGGCACCAUCUGGUCCUUCUCGCACGCCCGCCGGCUCGGCCCGGGACUGGAGCCCACGCUGGUGCAAGGGCCAGGCCUGUCGUGGGUGCAUCCCGACGGGGUGGGCGUCCAGAUCGACACCAUCACCCCCGAGAUCCGCGCGCUCUACAACGUGCUGGCCAAAGUGAAGCGGGAGCGAGACGAGUACAAGCGGAGGUGGGAAGAAGAGUACACGGUACGCAUGCAGCUGCAGGACCGAGUGGCAGAACUCCAGGAGGAAGCCCAAGAGGCCGACGCAUGCCAAGAGGAGCUGGCCAUGAAGGUGGAGCAGCUGAAAGCUGAGCUCGUGGUCUUCAAGGGGCUCAUGAGCAAUAACCUGUCAGAGCUGGACACGAAGAUCCAGGAGAAAGCCAUGAAGGUGGACAUGGACAUCUGCCGCCGCAUCGACAUCACCGCCAAGCUCUGCGACCUAGCUCAGCAGCGCAACUGUGAGGAUGUGAUCCAGAUGUUCCAGAGGCAGCUGUCUUUGCACUUGUCUCCCAUUAAGGUCCCAUCCAUGGGGGGGCGGAAGCGGGAGCGCAAGGCGCCUGUGGAGGAGGACCCCUCCCUGUCGGAGAGCGCCGGGCCCCGCCAGCCCGAGGGGGACGAGGAGGAGAGCACGGCCCUCAGCAUCAACGAGGAGAUGCAGCGCAUGCUCAACCAGCUGCGGGAGUAUGAUUUUGAGGACGACUGUGACAGCCUGACUUGGGAGGAGACUGAGGAGACCCUGCUGCUCUGGGAGGAUUUCUCAGGCUAUGCCAUGGCAGCGGCAGAGGCCCAGGGAGAGCAGCAGGAGGACAGUUUGGAGAAGGUGAUCAAAGACACCGAGUCCCUCUUCAAAACCCGGGAGAAAGAAUAUCAGGAAACCAUUGACCAGAUAGAGCUGGAGCUGGCCACGGCCAAGAGUGACAUGAACCGGCACCUGCACGAGUACAUGGAGAUGUGCAGCAUGAAGCGGGGUCUCGACGUGCAGAUGGAAACCUGCCGCCGGCUCAUCACGCAGUCGGGCGACCGAAAGUCUCCUGCUCUCACUGCAGUCCCGGUUAGCGACCCGCCGCCACCACCACCGCCACCGCCAAGCGAGCCCGAGGACUCGGAUCGGGAAGUCUCAUCUGACAGCUCCCUGAGAUAGGGGACAUCCGUUGCAGUGCCCACUCUGCUGGGAACACACCAAGGCAGCGAUGGGGGCCCCUUAAGGGGAGUGUCACCUGUGCCCCCUACCCACACCAGGCCUGGCCUCCGUGCACUGGGCACCCUUGCCUUGGGCUCCCCCCAUCCCCGCCCCACUGGGGUCCUGGACCCGGCCCAUCCACCACGGUGGGGGUCCCCUGCCUUCACGCAUGGGUGUCUGCUAUUCGCCCACCUGUCCAGCGCUGCCAAGUGACCAUGGCCCCUCACUGUGGAAGGGGCAUGGGCUGUGGCCCCUAUGCCUGUGGUAACCGCUAGUUUGUGCUCUGGUCCCGUAACUGGUUGGUGCUGAUGAAAUGAGGUUCAGCUGGAGGCCCUGGGAAGGCUUGGGCAACAUGGCUGGACAUAGCAUUCCCCCCCCCCACAGUGGUGGAGGUGCCAGGCUCGAAAGGGGCCUCAGCCUCAUGGACUAACAGUGUCAAGGCAACCACUUCUUCCUGGACCCUGUCGUGGCCACGCACACGUAUGUGUGCGAGUGCUCAGGGUCCCCACUUCAAGCACCAGACCAGGCCAAAAAGUCUGGUCUCCACCACCCCAAGACCCACAGGUUGGCAGGGAAAAGCUUGGAAAAACUGGAGAGGCACAAUGAGAAUACCUCAUGAAGUCCUUAAUAAGACUGGCUGUAUUUACUGAA